AUGGCUUUCGUGCCGUUGGACUGGUAUUGCCGGCCGGUGCCGGGUGGGCUGUGGGGAAAGGUGGUGCGGAACGCCUUUGGUGCAUACACGCCAUGCGCGACAGAUACUGUGGUGAUGGUGUUUUCUAACUUGGUUCUGAUGGGACUCUGCAUCUACCGAAUUUGGCUCAGCAUGAAAGAUUCCAAGGCUCAGCGCUACUGCUUGAAGUCACGGUGGUACAACUAUCUCCUGGGUUUACUAGCUGCUUAUGUUGCUGCUGAGCCUUUGUUCAGGCUUGUCAUGGGAAUUUCGGUCCUGGAUAUUGAUGGACAGCCAGGUCUUGCUCCGUUUGAGGUUGUUUCCUUGAUUGUUGAGGCGCUUGCUUGGUGCUCUGUGCUGGUCAUGAUUGGUUUGGAGACCAAGGUUUACAUCCGGGAAUUCAGAUGGGUUGUCAGGUUUGGGGUCAUUUAUACCUUGGUUGCGGAUGCUGUGAUGCUCAAUCUUGUUCUUGCUGUGAAGGAUUAUUCUGCAAGCUCUAUACUCUAUUUGUACAUCAGCGAAGUUGUUGUCCAGGUUCUCUUUGGAAUACUUCUGCUCGUGUAUUUCCCGGAUACUGUUCCUUACCCUGGUUACACUCCUCUGCGAACUAAUACUUUGGAUGAUACUGAAUACGAAGAACUUCCUGAAGGGGAGUACAUAUGUCCGGAGCGUCACGUCAACAUUUUUUCGAGCAUUAUAUUUGCAUGGAUGAGUCCUCUCAUGCAGCUUGGUUAUAAAAGACCUAUCACUGAGAAGGAUGUCUGGAAAUUGGAUACGUGGGAUCAAACUGAAACAUUGAAUGAUAGGUUUCAGGAAUGCUGGGCUGAGGAAACACGGAAGUCGAAGCCCUGGCUUUUAAGGGCAUUAAACAGUAGCCUUGGGGGAAGGUUCUGGUGGGGAGGCUUUUGGAAGAUUGGAAAUGAUGCUUCCCAGUUCGUCGGGCCUCUUUUACUGAACCAACUUCUACAGUCUAUGCAAGCAGGCGAACCAGCUUGGAUAGGUUAUAUCUAUGCUUUCUCAAUCUUUAUAGGCGUGGUAUUGGGUGUCUUAAGCGAAGCUCAGUACUUUCAGAAUGUGAUGCGUGUUGGGUUCCGGCUAAGAGCAACACUGAUUGCCGCUGUAUUUCGGAAAUCACUCAGGCUUACACAUGAAAGUCGGCGAAGGUUUGCAUCUGGUAAAAUAACGAACUUGAUGACAACUGAUUCUGAAUCACUGCAGCAAAUAUGCCAAUCACUUCAUACUCUAUGGUCAGCCCCUUUUCGUAUUGUCAUUGCAAUGGUGCUUCUAUAUCAGCAGCUUGGUGUUGCAUCACUUAUAGGUGCACUAAUGCUUGCUCUUUUGAUUCCUGUACAGACAGUUGUUAUAAGCAGAAUGCAGAAGUGGUCAAAGGAAGGUCUGCAGCGUACAGACAAGCGAAUUGGCCUAAUGAAUGAACUUUUGGCUGCAAUGGAUACUGUGAAAUGUUAUGCUUGGGAGGAUAGUUUCCAGGCCAAGGUUCAAAGUGUUCGAGAUGAUGAAUUAUCGUGGUUUCGUAAAGCAUCACUAUUAGGAGCGCUGAAUGGUUUCAUAAUCAACAGCAUCCCAGUUUUGGUGACUGUGGUUUCAUUUGGUGUCUUCACUUUGCUUGGUGGAAAUCUGACACCUGCUAGAGCAUUCACUUCACUUUCCCUGUUCGCCGUGCUUCGUUUUCCCCUCUUCAUGCUUCCUAAUAUAAUUACUCAGGUAGUGAAUGCAAAUGUAUCUUUGAAGCGCUUAGAGGAACUAUUGUUGGCUGAAGAUAGAAUACUUCUGCCAAACCCACCUCUUGAUCCUGGACUGCCUGCCAUCUCAAUUAAAAAUGGGAACUUUGCCUGGGAUUCCAAGGCAGAGAGCCCCACAUUAUCAAACAUCAACUUGGAUAUACCAGUCGGUAGCCUCGUUGCAAUUGUUGGAGGUACCGGGGAAGGGAAAACCUCACUUAUAUCAGCAAUGCUUGGCGAGCUUCCUGCCAUUUCUGACUCAAGUGUUGUUUUAAGAGGAACCGUGGCUUAUGUUUCUCAAAUUUCCUGGAUCUUUAAUGCAACUGUGCGCGAUAAUAUAUUGUUCGGAUCUCCCUUUGAUUCUACCAGAUAUGGCAAAGCAAUAGAUGUAACUGCCUUGCAGCAUGACCUUGAAUUGCUUCCGGGUGGCGAUCUCACAGAGAUUGGUGAAAGAGGAGUGAACAUUAGCGGUGGGCAAAAGCAGAGAGUUUCCAUGGCUCGGGCUGUGUAUGCUGAUUCAGAUGUCUACAUUUUUGAUGAUCCGUUAAGUGCCCUUGAUGCUCAUGUAGCUCGACAGGUCUUUGAUAAAUGUAUCCGAGGAGAAUUGAGCAAGAAAACGAGAGUUCUUGUCACGAACCAGCUACAUUUUCUUUCGCAAGUGGACAAAAUCAUCUUAGUCCAUGAGGGCACUGUCCAAGAGGAGGGGACCUUUGAAGAACUGUCUAAUAAUGGUAGUCUGUUCCAGAAGCUUAUGGAAAAUGCAGGGAAAAUGGAAGAAUAUGAGGAGGAAAAGGAAGAUGAUGAACCCGAAGAUAAGAACCUAUCUUCAAAACCUGUUGGUAACGGGCAUAUUGAGGUAAAGAGUGAAAAUGGAGUGAAGAAGCCCAAAGAAGGCAAAUCUAUUCUUAUCAAGCAAGAAGAGCGUGAAACAGGUGUUGUCAGUUGGAAAGUUGUGUCAAGAUACAAGAAUGCAUUAGGUGGUACUUGGGUGGUAGUUGUACUCCUCUCGUGCUAUGUCUUGUCAGAGACUCUACGUGUUUCAAGCAGUACUUGGUUGAGUAAUUGGACAGAUCAGGGGGCUUCGUCAAGGCAUAGCUCUGGUUUUUAUAACCUCAUAUAUGCACUUCUCUCGUUUGGUCAGGUUAUGACAACUUUAUUAAAUUCAUAUUGGCUGAUUCUGAGUAGUUUGUAUGCUGCGAAAAGGCUACAUGAUGCGAUGCUUCAUUCGAUAUUAAGAGCUCCGAUGGUCUUCUUCCACACAAACCCACUUGGGCGAAUAAUUAAUCGAUUCGCAAAGGAUAUGGGCGACAUUGAUCGAACUGUUGCCCCAUUUGUGAACAUGUUUCUGGGGCAGGUAGCACAACUCUUCUCCACUUUUGUGCUCAUAGGAAUUGUGAGCACCAUGUCCUUGUGGGCCAUUUUGCCACUUCUGGUAUUGUUUUAUUGGGCAUAUCUAUACUAUCAGAGCACUGCUCGUGAAGUAAAGCGGUUGGAUUCUAUAACAAGAUCCCCUGUCUAUGCACAAUUUGGUGAAGCUCUGAACGGGUUGCCAACUAUUCGCGCUUACAAAGCUUAUGACCGCAUGGCUGACAUCAAUGGCAGAUCUAUGGACAACAAUGUAAGAUAUACCCUUGUCAACAUGGGUGCAAACCGCUGGCUUGCAAUCCGUCUGGAGACAUUAGGCGGUAUUAUGAUUUGGUUUACAGCUACCUUUGCUGUAAUGCAAAAUGGAAGGGCAGAAAACCAGCAGGAAUUCGCGUCCACAAUGGGUCUGCUUUUGAGUUAUGCAUUGAACAUUACAAGUUUAUUGACUGCUGUACUAAGGCUUGCAAGUUUGGCUGAGAACAGCUUAAACUCUGUGGAGAGGGUAGGCACUUACGUAGAGUUGCCAUCUGAAGCUCCUGCUGUUAUUGAGAACAACCGACCCCCUCCUGGAUGGCCGUCAUCAGGAUCAAUCAAGUUUGAAGAUGUGAUCCUACGUUAUAGGCCUGAGCUUCCACCUGUCCUACAUGGGUUAUCCUUUAGCAUUUCUCCUAGUGAUAAAGUUGGGAUAGUUGGAAGGACUGGUGCUGGCAAAUCCAGCAUGCUGAAUGCUUUAUUUCGGAUCGUGGAGUUGGAAAGAGGAAGAAUUUCGAUUGAUGGUUGUGACAUAGCAAAAUUUGGAUUGAUGGAUCUACGCAAAGUACUCGGAAUUAUACCGCAAUCUCCUGUUCUGUUUUCAGGUUCUGUGAGGUUUAAUCUUGAUCCAUUCAAUGAACACAAUGAUGCUGAUCUUUGGGAGGCUCUAGAGAGGGCACAUUUGAAGGAUGCUAUUCGAAGGAACUCUUUGGGUCUGGAUGCUGAGGUUUCUGAGGCUGGGGAGAACUUCAGCGUUGGACAGAGACAGCUAUUAAGUCUUGCUCGAGCUUUACUGCGUAGGUCCAAGAUACUUGUCCUAGAUGAAGCUACUGCAGCAGUUGAUGUGAGGACAGAUGCCCUCAUUCAGAAAACUAUCAGGGAAGAAUUUAGAACCUGUACUAUGCUAAUCAUUGCUCACCGGCUUAAUACCAUCAUCGACUGUGACCGCAUUCUUCUGCUCGACUCUGGCAGGGUUCUUGAGUAUGAUUCCCCAGAAUCGCUGUUGUCCCGUGAGGGCAGUGCUUUCUCCAAGAUGGUGCAGAGCACGGGAGCUGCCAAUGCGCAGUACUUGCGGAGCUUAGUACUAGGAGGGGAAGGUGGAGAGGGAAGGCCCAGCAGAGUGGACAAACAAAUAGAUGGACAGAGGAAAUGGCUAGCCUCUUCUAGGUGGGCAGCUGCUGCAAACUAUGCCCUUGCUGUGAGCCUCACUUCAUCACACAACGACCUUCAGCGCUUGGAGAUCGAGGACGAGAACUCUAUUCUGAAGAAGACAAAGGAUGCAGUGGUGACCUUGCAAGGAGUUUUGGAAGGCAAACAUGACAAAGAAAUUGAAGAGUCUUUGGAACAGCACCAGAUUCCCAGAGAGGGAUGGUGGUCUUCGCUGUACAAAAUGGUGGAAGGCCUUUCAAUGAUGGGCAGACUGAGUAGGAACAGGUUAAACCAAUCCGGCGAUGGGUUUGAAGAGAAGACAAUUGAUUGGGACCAUGUUGGGAUGUAG